AUGGCCUCUACAGAAGAUCCUCCGAAACAUGAUCCCCCGCAUGGAGAUGCACCUGAACCCUCCCAGUCGUGGUCAUAUCCCACACGAACCUGUCGACUCUGUCUUGAGGAGGUACCAGCCACGGUGACCCUCUACCCUCCCGGUCUCCCUCCGGCCUUUCAACAUCCCGUGGUUGAAUACAAAAAUGAAGAUGAAUACGGCCGGCUGAUCAAGCCAUGCCAUUGCAGAGGAGGCAUGCGGUACAUACACGAGCUGUGUCUGAGGCGGUCUAGGACAGAAGGCGUUCGGCCCGGCUCGCUUUGGAAAUGCCACGAAUGUGGGUAUCAGUUCAACUUCAACAGACUCACCAUCCAGAAGUAUCUCGGCAGCAAAACCGCUUCGGGGGUUUUGACGGCGUUGGUCAUGCUAGUGUUUGUGUUCCUCCUCGGGUUCAUUGCAGAUCCUAUCCUCAAUCUCUACACCGAUCCAUACGAGACAAUCGUGGGCCAUGAGGAUGUGUGGCAAGCCGUCGAUGUCAACGACUCAAAAGGAAGCCUGUCAGGCUGGGCUCAACAUUUCAUAAAGGGGCUGGUUUCGAUGGGCGUGCUGAGCUUCUUGAGGACCAUGAUCCUCAAUCCUUUCCAAUGGUGGAAUCUCAGAAAUACUGGACUCGUUACUGGCAGGGUUUCCGGGAGAUCUGCUACUGGUCGGGACCGCGCUGUGAACAUCAGCUGGAUUGUGGUGGCUAUGGGAAUUCUGUCGGCGUCGUAUUUCUUCUACCAGUGGGUGCAAGCCAUCAUUGGCAAAUCACUCCAACGCAUCGGGAACAACAUCGUUGACACGCAGCUUCCUGGGGAUGAUGACGACAUUAAACCGCCGCCAGGGUUCAGAUUUGAAAACACCCAUCCGGACACGGCCAGUUCUGAGGCAGGUCCCCGAGAGGAUGACAAUCUGCAAGCAGGCCAGGACGAAGACACCACCAAAGUAAAGGAGACUGAUGCCCUUCCCGUCGAACCAGGUGUCAUGCCUGGGACUUGGGAGUCCAGUGGAUACAGUUCUGCAUUGGACGACGCUCAGAGACAGGGCUGGUCAUUCAGAGGGCUCUAG